CGACGCUUUUGUUUCUAUUGAUACACACACUGAAACACACACACACAUAUACAUAUAGAUACAGAAAAAUACCACACUACAGAGAGAAUGGCUACCAAUGGUGAUGCAUUCGAUGAUCGAUUGUCGUUUGCGCGAAGUUAUCAAAUUGAAGCUUUGGAGCAAGCAAUCAAGCAGAACACAAUAGUGUUCUUGGAGACUGGGUCAGGCAAAACAUUGAUUGCGAUUAUGCUUCUUCGCCGCUAUGCACAUCUUUUGCAAAAACCUUCACCAAAUAUUGCGGUAUUUUUGGUGCCCACUGUGGUAUUAGUCAAACAGCAAGCCGAGGCUGUGAGAAAGCAUCUUGAUUUCAAAGUGGAGGAAUAUUGGGGCGAAAAGGGUGUCGAUUACUGGAAUGCCACUGAUUGGAAGAAGCAACGAGAUGAAAAUCAGCUAAUGGUAAUGACACCAGCAAUUUUACUUGACGCACUGAGGCAUCGAUUUCUAUGCAUAGAUAACAUUAAGCUUUUGAUAUUCGAUGAAUGCCAUAACGCCAAAAAAAGACAUCCAUACGCUCUCAUUAUGACGGAGUUCUAUCACCGCCAGUUAUGGGAUGGUAUUACUGAGCUUCCUAGGAUACUCGGUAUGACAGCUUCACCUGUGAAAGCUAAAGGUUCAAACUCAACUGAAGAUUAUUGGAAAGAAAUCAAUAAUCUCGAGACUCUAAUGAACUCAAAGGUAUACACAUGUGCCAGUGAAUCUGUACUGGCCGAGCACGUUCCCUUCUCUACCACUAAGUACCAGUUCUACAAGAAUAUAGAAUUUCCUGCUCAGAUUUUUGAGAAGUUAAAAAGUACUCUGUUGCUUUUAAGACAAAAGCAUGAAAUAACAAUCAGAGAAUCAAACCUCUCAGAAUCGUCAAUUGACAAUGCACUGAAGAGGUUAUCAAAGUUAUCAUCAACAUUCGAGUUCUGUUUGCAAGAGUUGGGCAUUUGGUUGGCAGUAAAGGCAGCGGAAGCGUAUGCGUGUGAAGCAAAUGACCUUUUUACAUGGGCACAACUGGAUGUACGUGGUGAGACCAUUGCAAGAGAGUUCUGCAAAGAUGCCAAUAAAGUUUUCUCGUCGUACGUACCAGCUGAAUGGAGGAUCAAUAACAUCAACCAAGCAAGUAUGUGCACUGGAUUACUCUCAGCUAAAGUUUUGUGCUUGAUUGAAUCACUUGCUGAAUACAGGCAUGUAAAUGACAUGAGAUGCAUUAUAUUUGUCGAGAGGGUGAUUACAGCCAUUGUACUUAAAAGCUUACUCAGGGAGUUAAACCCUAAACUCUUUGGGUGGAAAACCGAAUAUACUGCUGGUAAUAAUUGUACAAUGCAGUCACAAAGCCGUGGUGCUCAAAACAAAAUUGUGGAAGAGUUCCGUAAAGGAAUGGUCAAUAUUAUUGUUGCAACCUCAAUCCUUGAAGAAGGUCUGGAUGUUCAGAGUUGCAAUCUUGUAAUUCGAUUUGACCUGUCAGCCACUGUUUGUAGCUUUAUUCAGUCUCGAGGCCGUGCUCGAAUGUUAAACUCAGAGUUUUUGUUGCUUAUUAGAAGUGGGGACAUGGAGACAUUAGAGAAGGUGAACAAUUACCUUCUGAGUGGAAAAAUCAUGCGGGAUGAGUCUCUAAAACAUGCUUCUGAACCAUGUGAGAUUUUAGAUAGUGAAAUCUUAGACGAAGAUGUAUAUCACGUGGAGUCUACUGGUGCAACUUUAAGCUUGAGUUCCAGCAUCGCCAUGGUUUACUUUUAUUGCUCAAGACUGCCUUCUGAUGGGUAUUUCAAGCCUUAUCCUAGGUUUAUAAUCGAUAAGGAAGCGGGAACUUGCAAAAUUCUUUUUCCUAAAAGCUGCCCACUUCCAAGAGUCUAUAUUGAAGAGAUUGAGGGCAAGUCAAAAAUGCUGAAACCAAUCGCAUGCCUAGAAGCUUGUAAGCAACUUCAUAAAAUGGGUGCAUUAACGGAUAAUCUUGUUCCGGAUACUAUGGAGAAAGCUGUUGAUCCACAAGAAAUAGAGUACGAUUAUGUAGAAGAAAAGGUUCAAUACGUGCCACCUGAGCUUGUGGGUCGAUUUGGAGCCGAUUCAACAAAAUUGUAUCAUUUUUACUCGAUUAAGCUAACGAAGAAUUUUGACUACAAUGUUCAACUCCAAGAUAUAGUACUUGGAGUGAACACUGAGUUAGAUAUCGAUUCUCAAGGAUUAACUUUUGAUCUUGAGGCUGAUAGAGGCACCCUUUUUGUCUCCCUGGCUUAUCUUGGAACGUCUACGUUUACAUCUCAACAGAUCGAAUUAUCGAAACAAUUCCAAAUGACGGUACUGAGAGUUCUUCUUGAUCACUCUAUCACAAAGUUGAUGAAAGCUAUACAAGUAUUGAAGUUGAAAAAUGACAUGAUGGGAUUUGACUAUUUGUUGUUGCCAUCAGUGGGAUUGAAUCAAACACCAUGUUUAUUCGAUUGGAAUUCGAUUCGUUCUGUUCGCUUUCCAUUUGAAGACAAACAUACUUGCUCUUUAAAAAGCAACUACCAUCACCAAGUACACACUGUAAAUGGAUUAUUAUGCAGCUGCUUGGUUGAAAAUGCAUUGGUAUACACCCCUCAUAAUGGGCGUUUGUAUUGUACCACCAAAAGGUUACAUGGUUUGUAUAGUAAUUCACCUUUUCAAACAAAGGAAGGUGAAACAAUCACCUAUAAAGAUUACUACAAAACAAAAUAUGAUGUAGACUUGAACUACGAAGAAGAAUCGUUUUUUGCUGGGAGACAACUUUUUGUAGUUAGAAAUUUACUUCAAAGAGGCAGGCAUCACAAAGACAAAGAAAUAAGCAAUGCAACGGUUGAGUUGCCUUCUGAAUUGUGUUAUAUUAUCAUGUCUCCGAUAUCCAUAAGUACCUUCUAUUCGUUCUCUUUCCUACCAUCAGUGAUGCAUAGGAUUGAGUCAUGGCUUAUAGCUGUCAACUUAAAGAAGAUGCAUAUAGAUCGAACUUUUUCAAAUGCAAAUAUUCCUGCACUGAAGGUCUUAGAAGCGCUUACAACAAACAAAUGCCUGGAAAGAUUUCAUUUGGAAUCCUUUGAAACUUUAGGUGAUUCUUUUCUCAAGUAUGCGACAAGUCAGCAAUUGUUCAAAUCUUUCCAAACUCAACAUGAGGGCAUCUUGAGUUACCGGAGAGAGAAAAUUAUAUCCAAUGACUCGUUAUGCAGAUUGGGAUGUCACUGCAAGCUUCCGGGAUUUAUCCGUAAUGAACCUUUUGAUCCGAAGGCAUGGGUGGUUCCGGGGGAUCCAUCUGCCGACUUGAACUUGGAAGAAGAGGUUUUCCCAACUGGGAGAAGAGCGUAUAUUGGCAGGAAAAGAACAAUCAAAAAGAAAGUAGUAGCUGAUGUUGUAGAAGCACUAAUUGGCGUUUUUCUUAGUGAAGGAGGUGAAUUAGCAGCCUUAUCCUUUAUGGGCUGGCUAGGAAUAGAGGUUGACUUUGUCAACACUCUUUACGUCAGAAACAUUACAUUACAACCUGAGAAGUUUGUAAGCGUUCGUCACUUGGAGUCGUUGCUUAAGUAUACAUUUCAGGACGCGUCUUUGCUUGUUGAAGCAUUAACACAUGGCUCUUAUAUGCUACCUGAGAUUCCAAGAUGUUAUCAGCGUUUAGAGUUUCUUGGGGAUGCGGUGUUAGAUUAUUUGAUAACGGUACAUUUGUAUGACAAAUAUCCCGGAAUGUCUCCCGGAAUGUUGACAGAUCUAAGGUCCGCGUCUGUAAAUAAUGAUUGUUAUGCACAAUCUGCAGUUAGAGUUGAACUGCACAAGCAUAUACUUCAUGGAUCUCAAGAUCUUCAUCGCCACAUUGUGUCUACUGUUGAUAAUUUUGAUCAAUUGCAGUUGGAUUCUACUUUCGGAUGGGAGUCUGAAACUACCUUCCCGAAGGUACUUGGAGAUGUAAUAGAAUCUAUAGCCGGAGCGAUUCUUGUUGAUUCUGGAUAUGAUAAAGAUCGAGUUUUCCAGAGCAUUAGGCCACUUCUCGAGCCAUUGGUCACCCCAGAGACGCUGAGACUUCAUCCUGUGAAAGAGUUGCAUGAUAUCAGUCAAAAGUACCAUUUCGAGAUGAAAAAAUCUGCCAAAAGAACCGAUGAUGGUACUAUAUCUUUCACUAUUGAAGUGGAAGCGCAGGGAACUGUGUUCAAAGACUCAUGCAUGGCCCAAGAUAAGAAGAUGGCUGAGAAACUUGCAUCUAAGUCUAUUCUAAAGCUGAUGAAAGAUAAAUUCUCAGGAAUUCAAUGACCUUGCUUUUGUGUUGUGUUGUUUAUAGACUAGUGCUUGAUCAUAUGAAGUGGGGAUGUUUUGUGGGGCAGAGAUCCUCUCAAGUUAGGGGUAACUUGAGGGGUAAAGUUGGCAUAAUCUCGACAUUUGAAUUAAAAUCAAGGGUCAAGAUUUAAAAAUGAUAAUUAGAUGUUCAUCAUUGAUUUUAAUCCAAAAGUCAAUAAACCUCCAACUUUACACCUCAAGAAUUGAUUGGAUCCCCCUGUAUGGCUGAAAUUAGAUUUAGAAGCAUGUUAUCUUAAGCCUUUUUUUGGGGGCUGCAUUUGCGUGUAAAUGUAUAAGACUCGAAUGUCAAUGACAUUAAUUGUACAUCCUUUUGUUGUAUGUAACAGGAAAUAAAUUUUUUUCUUUUUGGCCCA